AAAGACCUUUACAGCCAACUCGACUCGACUGCAAUUCUAUUUUCGUUUUGGAUGUUUGUAUUUUUAAAAAAUUGCCAAAAGAAUGUGGGAUGCUACCUUAUGGAAACAACAUAAAGUAUUGUGUGCCUUACAAGUUGUUUUUUGUUAUGUUUAUGUUUUGAUAUGAUCUAUUUUUAAACAAGACAAGACAACACGAGGGCAAAUCUGUUUUAAGUUUUUUUUUUAUUUAUUGGGCAGCAAAUAUUACAAGUUUAUAAAAGAACACCCCAUAUACAUCACGGGGGACCACCACCAAACCACUUGAAGAGCAAAUAAAUGAGUCAGUAAAUGCGAAUCUUCCCGAGCGGGUGUGUGUGCGUGUGGAAGAAGAGAUAAUUGUUUGUUUUUUUUCAUUCCAAAUAAAACAUUGGCAGUUUUAAGAGAUUCCAUGAGGAAUAUGCCAUCACAGUUUGUUAAGGUGUCAUUUCUUGUUGUGUGUGCUCUCAAUGCUGUGUGGCAGCAAAGUGUUACAAUGAUCAAUGCCAGACCCAUUAAUAUCAAACAAAAUCCAACAAAUUUAGAAACUUCAAACGAAACAUUUUCCGCUACUCAAAAACCAGUGACAAUAGCCAACGAUGAUGGUGACGAGCCACCAAGUGAAAUACAAAAAGCUGUGUGUACCGUAACGGCUGGCGAUGUUAAAGCAAGUGCUGAAGCGGUAACAACAAAAGCCCUUAAAGGAGUUUGUGGGGCAAAUGAAAUGACAAAAUCCUUUAAGGGGUUGGAAGAAAAAAUCUUUAAAGAAUUGGAAUUGUUAGAAGGACGUUUGAAACAAGAUUUGGAAAAUAUUCAAAAUUUGCUUAUAAGCAAACAAGAUGGUUGUAAUAGAACAGACGUAACGCCUAGCAAAUCGAUUGUAUUAUUGCAACCGAUACCUUCGAGUAAUACUGAGACGAAAACUGCAACCGCAACAACAACAACAACAGCAUCUAAAAUCAAAACAAAAAGUUAUAGUUCUCCUUUAUUCGCAUCACAACACCACGCAAUGCCAAUGUAUUCGCCAACAUUGCCGCCAGAAAAAAAUGGAAAAAGCUUUACCUACCUAUGGAGAAUUGAAAAUUUUACCAAGAAAAUUGAAAAUAACAGUGAUGUUACUAUACAAACAAGUCCAUCGUUUUCCAUUAAGGGCAAAAAUCUAAAAGUAAAGGCUUCCUUUCAACAUUUGCAUCGUGAUUUCCUUUAUCUACAAUUGAUUGAUGUUUCCGCUUCGCUACACUCGUCAUCAGCUGGUAAUAGUGUUAUUUUGGAUACCGGUGGUCUCUUUAAACAAAUCACUAAUGGCAAUUUAAAAUAUAAAAUGUCUAUAGUUGCCCAGAAUUCGCAAAAUGGCAAAGAUCUAGUCUCGCAAGAAUUUGAUAGUCAUGAAAGUGGAUUUUUAAUACCAAACAGUGCAUUAUUGGAUAGUCCAUUUAUCAAAGAUGAUUCGUUACUAAUAAAAGUUAUACUUUAUUUAUAGAAAAUUUUGAGACUUUUGGUGGCUAAUUGGAUAAAAGGCUG